AUGGGAACUGCUCCAAAGAGUAUCAUAACCGAUCAAUGUCGAUCCCUUUACCGUGCGAUCAAAAAUACUUUACCUGACACACGUCACCGGUGGUGCAUCUGGCAUAUUAUGAAUAAGCUACCUUCCAAGCUUGGGGGUUACCGCCGGUACGGAGCUUUGUACGGUGACCUAAACGACAUUGUGUGGAACUCUCGGACGGAGGAGUCAUUUGAAGAUGACUGGACUGAUUUUAUAGAUGAGUACAACUUACAUAACAACACAUGGCUGUCAGAUUUGUAUGAUAACCGACGCAUGUGGGUCCCAAUAUAUUUCAAGGGUGAAUUUUGGGCAUCAAUGCGGAGUACGCAAAGGAGUGAGAGCAUGCACGCAUUCUACGGUGGAUACUUAUCCAGUAAAACUAGCUUAGUUCAAUUUGUUCAUGAAUAUGACAAUGUGCUUGGAGUCAAGGAGCAGAGGGAACUGGAGGAUGAUGCUGCAGACUCGAGGGGGGUCAUCCCUUGUGCAACGACCUCGCCUAUGGAGAAACAGUUUCAACUAGAGUAUACCACGAGCAUUUUUAGGGAUGUUCAGAUUGAGUUUGUGAAGAAGGCUAACUGCAGAGUUUCUGCAAUUGAUGAACAGGGUCCAUUGGUCUGCGUGAAGGUGGAAGAGGAGAAACUAGUCAACGAUACUAUUCUAUGCGUUCCGUACGAUGUUCACUUUGGCCGUUCCACACAGGAGCUUCGUUGUGAGUGUAAUCUCUUUGAGAGUUCAGGUGUGUUGUGCUGUCACUGCCUUGAAGUGUUCCAUUCGUAUAAAGUGUACAAAGUACCUUCUUGUUAUGUUCUUCCUCGAUGGAGCAAAAAGAUAAAGCGCAAGCAUACAUAUGUCAAAAGUAGCCAUGAUGUCAGUCGGUCGGAUGAGAGUCAUGUUGCAUUCAGGGGACUGUGUGCACACUUCUACAAUGUUGCCCAAGAGUUUGUAGGUGACGAUGAAGAAACAGCAUUGAUGCAUGUUGCUUUGGAAGAAACAAGGGCCAAAUUGGCUGCGCACCGUGCCAAAAAGAGGUCCGAGAGCGUGGCAGAAAUUCAGACCAACAUUGGAUCACAGAGUUCGAACGAUGUCAGUGUUGAUGACAUCCAAGGCCCAUCGAAGGUCACCACAAAGGGCAGGCCAAAGAGUAAGAGGCUCGGCUCUGCCCUUGAGAAGUCUAUCAAGAAUUCAAGACUGAGAAAACAAAAGAAUUUACCCCCGGUGGUUCGUCCGCACACACUUCAAGAUACAAACCAUUGUGCUGUUUCUGGCCUGAAUGGUCCCGAACAAGCAGGUGGUUUCCUGUCUUUGUUAAGCUCCUUUAACAAAAAGUGGGAUUAG